CUGCCGUCCACAUUUCUGCCCCGCCACCACCAGCCGCCCCUCCCCCCGCUCCCUCGCCCGCGUCCGCGCAUACACACGUAGCCAUGUCCUCGCGCAAGAAGGCGGUCCCGGCCUUCGAGCUGAUCACGCCAGGGACCAAGUCCAAGUCGAAAGCCAAGACCUCGGCAUCGAGCAAGCCCGGCUCGCGGACGACCUCCUCUCGGGCCGAGGGCAGGGCGCCCGCCGAGUCGCCGGCCGCCGCGCCGGCGGUGCCCGAGCCUGUGGCGGCCUCCGGGCUGGCACAGGCCGCCGAGCCGGUGCAGGCCGCCGAGCGGGCUGAAGCCCCGGCUCCGGUCGAUCGGUCGUCCAGGCGCUCUGAGCGUGAUGCCUCCUCCGAGCGGUCGUCGCGCCGGGGUCGGGAUGCCUCUUCGGAGCGGUCCUCGCGCCGGGGCCGAGACAUCUCCUCCGAGCGUUCAUCGCGCCGGGGCCGGGAUGCCUCUUCGGAGCGGUCCUCGCGCCGGGGCCGAGACAUCUCCUCCGAGCGUUCAUCGCGCCGGGGCCGGGAUGCCUCCUCCGAGCGGUCCUCGCGCCGGGGCCGAGACAUCAUCUAUAUGGCUGGAUGCGCCCUCCUUGCCCCCGUUCUCUGCCCGGGGAAUGGUCCCAAGCCUAUUCGGUCGUUUUGA